CAUUUGAUAGUUGAUACAGAAACCAUAACGAUAACCAUUUGGCACUAUCGCCAGCUUCAUCUCAUAAAUAAAUAUUUAUCCUACACUUGAAUGAUUAUAGUCCCAUCUACAUCAUGAGCAUCAGUAGAAGAAUGUGAAAAUGAUAUUUUGACCAUUUUUGCCUAAGUAGAAGGGAUAAUAAUAAGAAAUAUGUAAAACUAUAACUACAACGACAUUCUGCACGACGGCUUUGACUUCAUAUUCAUUUAAUCUACAUCCUAACUUCAUAUUCAUCUCAUACUCAUUUUCUCUAUGCCUAUCGUAGCUGCGUCGUGUGGUCAUGAGCCAGACUUUCACACAAGGCCUAUAUCUAUAAAUAUGUAUAUCUAUGUAUCCGGCCAUAAUUUUCAUUUUUCAUUUUUUAAGUCCUUCUUUAUCAAAUGCGCUUCAAUUUCUAUCGUGCUUCACUCUACUCAAUCGACAAAGACAAUCGUUAUCAAGAGAAGAGUACGACUGGACAUCAUACAAGUUAGGAUCUUAGAUGUCCCCGCAAAACUAACUUUCCUUACCAGCAUGAUUCCUUUUCGGAUCCCGAAGCCUCCAGAUCGGUCUCAUGUUAAUGAGUCGUGGACGUAG